GUGGUAUCCAGCGACGCAUUUCCGCAAACAAAAUGUCGGCUACACAUUUUUUCAGAACAACAGCUAAAAAUCCAGACGAUGAUUUUGUUUUGCAUGGAAAAUCUACAUCUUAUUGGGAAAGAUCUGAAUAUCCUACAAAUUCACAGUUAACACUAACCACUUCAAGACUAAGUCAGCAUUCCAUUUACAACCCUGAUAAUUACAGAGAGCGGAAACAUGAAAAGAAAUAUGCCAGAAGUCUGACAGAUCUUGCCAAUAAUUUGGAAUACCUCAGUGAUAAAGUAGACAACACUCUCAGCAAAGGAGUCACAUUUAAGGAUGAGGACAGACAAAUAGAAGAUGAAAUAAGGCAAGAGCUAAGAGAAGAAAUAGAGGCAUCAACUUUCACAAAACCGGUAAAAAUGACUGAAAGUUUAAGGAGAGAUCUGGAUGAAGAUAACUUGUUAGAUUUGUACGAGAAGCAUGUUGGUGAAAUAGAUGAUUUGUCUGGGAAGCCAACAUCACCGCGGGAUGCUCAGUGGUUUGUUAAUCCAAACCAUUUAGACACAACAUGUGAGGCCCCUACACUGCAGAGCAUAGGUAAAACAUACAGAUAUGGAGAUAAGUGCAAGAAAAACUAUGCUGAUAAAGACAGUGUGGCUUUAGACUUCUUCCCAGUAACACUCGGUUCCUCUUAUGAGUUGUGUGCCCUUGACUACCCAGCCUCAGAACCUCUGAAUCGUACAGCACCUCCUUCUUUGAGAACUGGAAGGUCUAAAUCGGCAUCUAGACUUGGAAGGUCUAAAUCAGCAUCUAGACUAGGAAGGUCACACCAGUUUAGGACUGUAGAUAGAUCUUUUAAUGAGAAACAAGAUUUAGACAAACUGUAUCUAAUGACUAAAGAGGCCCCAACUAUAGGAAAGUCCAGUGUUCAGUUUGCUACACCACAUGAACUGAUUCUUGGUAAACUGAGAAUGGAAAGACUAAAACUGGAAGAGGCAAAACUACUGGAACUGAAACGUCUAGAAGAACUCGAAAGAAUAAGGGGACCAAAACCUAAAUGGUAUGAAUCGACGGGCCCAGAAUUCCACUAUGAAGCACACAAGAAUACGCAGCUUAUCCGAUCAGUUUCUGAUUACCAGGAUAUGUUGGACUACAGAGAAGACCUUCUCAGAUCAUCAUACGACAACCUGAAAAAAUACAAUAAAUCUCUUGUAUUAGCAUAAAUAUACUUUCGAGAGAUACUAUUUGUACAUUCACUGAUGGCAUUUUACAUUUUAUCUUAGUUAAACUGUGAUACAUUCAGUUAUACUCAUUCAAAUUUGUGCUUUUUAAAGGUCCAUUACUAAGGGAAAGUGAGUUGGCAAUUUUUUUCAUAGCCAGUGCAUAGACUUUGGCAAGACACUAAAUAAUGAAGAUUGGCAGGUCAAAAUUUACAGAAGGUCUUUGGAACUCAAAGGAGUGUAUGUGUAUUAUGUUGAAAUUUCAAUGAAUCGACAGAAUGACCCCCCAGGUCUUUUUAACUUUCUUCAUACUUCAUAGAAAAAUAAUUGUACAUGUACUGCAAUUUAUUUCGAAUUUCUACAUACCAACUUUCAUUUUCCAAUAAAAUGAAAUAGUUUCUGUGCUUUUUAAAAGAAAUUAAAAUGUUCACUUUCCUUAGUAUUGGACCUUUAAGUUCAGCUGUGAUACAUUAAGAAUUUUUAAGCUCUUCAUAAUAGUUUUGUUAAUGCUGAAAGUGUUUUGCUUUUUUUUUCAACCUUUUUCUGCGACUUGAACAAAGAAAAACAACCAGAAAUUUAAAAAAAACAACUUGUUUUCUUUGAAAUACAGAUAAAUAUUGUUAAAUCAUGUUUUACAAACUUGAUUAAAAGGAAAUAAAUUAGUGCAAAUAAGUAGCUGUUGUUUCAUUUGCAAAAUUUCCUUUUAUGUUUUAGAAUUCCAUAUUUUGUUAAAUUUAAGAUAAUCUGGAAAGUUCAGUCCAUUGUUUCAUGUUGUUCAAAUGAAACAGAUGGCAACUUAAAGGUGGUUAAUCAGAUUUUGGUCAAGUAAUGAAUUUGUUCCAAACCUCAACAACUAAUAAUUGUGUUUACUGAGUGCUUAAUACAGGUAGGAUUUUCAUUGGAGGUAUUUUUAAGAUUUGACUUUCCUGUCCUGGUUUUUCAACCAAGACAGAGUGUUUUUUUUAUUUAAGCAUAAGUAUAAAUUUGAUAAACAUACUUGAGAAUUGAUAUGAAUAUAAGAACUAUCAUAUUAUAUUUGUAAAAAGUUUUGCUCUUACGGUUCUAAUACUAUUAAGCUGAAACUCUUUAAAAAGUGCAAGGUUGUAAUAUUGUUAUUACCUCCCUUUGUCUAUCUUGCUAAUGCAGAUUGGAAAUAAUGGCAGCUACAUGGCAUUUACAAUUUUGGCUUAAGGUUCAGAUUGUUGAAAUGUCUCAAUAUUUAUGAAAUGCAGAUGUUAGAAAAGAAAGUAUAUUUUCAUAUUAAAGGGAGGGGGGAGGGGAGGUAAUGGGGGUGUAAUUGUAAAAUUCCAUAAAAUGAUGUAUAGGAGAGAUCGCCAUGACGUCACACAUUAACAUCUGUUUAUCUGAUGGUGGGCAAAACAAAUGUUUUUACCUGGUUUGUGUAUGGGAGCGGAAUUUUUAAUUUUUAAUAACUUUUUCGCUCAUUUAUGGAUUUUCAAAAUUUAAAAUGUUUUGAAAUACUUACCAUUUUCAUAUUUUUGUAUUCAAAUAUCUUUUUAAAAUGAAUAACCAUUUUAAAUGUCAUAUACCGGUAAGUUUAAUAGCGGCGAAGUGAUGUUAAAUUUUUUCAGAAAAACAGUGUAAGUUAAUCGUUCAUAAUUAAUUCAUUUUAUUUCUAAAUAAUAAUUAAAAGUAAUGAAUAAAUUGCUUGUUUUAUAACCUUUCCAUUGAUCAAAGAAUUAUUGAUAUAUUUUGUGUUUUAGGAAAGUUUAAGCCGUUAGAAAAACAUCACUGUUUACUAAAAACAUGGACGUUUGGCAUCUGCCCAUCCGAUCAAUGUCUUAUCAGUUCUAAAAAUAGAAAAUACAACGGAUUUGUAUACAAACACGAUCUCUCCUAUAGCCAUAAAUAAGUCUCUAGCAGAAUAUACAGUCACCAAAAAAUGUUGCUCAAAUAUGUCUGUCCACCUUGAAACUAAAGGCAUUUUAUUUGUACUUGCUUGCAUUCAUACAGAUCUGAAGUUCACUUUGCAUAAUAUUAACUGAAUUAUUUUACAUAUAUAUGCAUUAUACAAGUUGCGUAUUGUAAUAACCAAAUGUAAAGAAAAUGUAGUGUUAUGUAUAAUCUAGUCGUUAGGUAUUUUAUUUAAUCCAACAGUAUUUUGUGUUAAAUGUUUUGUUUUUGUUUUACUGAUACAUGAAAAUUAUGUUCAAGAUAAUUUUAUGCAUUCCUGCUUUUUAUAUAGUGCAUGCCAGUUAUUUUUACAUAAUGCCAAAAAGUUUGUGUAAUUUAUAUUAUAUAUAUAAUAAGACAUUUUGUCUAAAACUGUAUAAAAUCAUGAUAAGGCAUGUUUUAACUACUUCUGUAAAAGUGAAUAAUAACAUGUUUACAUAAUUUGGCCUCAGAUUUUGAUAUUUGUUAUUAUUAAAGAGUAUGCUUGAAAUACAAGACCAAAAACUGCCAUGAUUUUUUCAGUUGGUACUAUAUCUAUCAUAGAUUUAUUGCCGCUUUGGGAAACAAAAUAAUAUGUCAAGCUAUUGCUGGUCCAAACUGCAGACAGUGUAGCCACACCUUUAAAUGCCAAGUUUAUCUAAUUAUCGAAAUAGUCAUUUUACAUACUGUUUGUACAGUGUUGUACUUUUAUUUCUGAGGACAUACCAAUACGGUACUGACUUUUUCUGAGGUGAUUUACCAUCAGGUUUUGGUUUUUAGUUUUGAUCAGAUUGUUAUAAACAUUUCUAAAACAGCAUGCCUUUCAUGUAACACUUACCUUGUGUUGUUUUACCAGAGUAGUUUAGAAGUGCUAGAUAGAUUUAGAGGUGUACCAAAAUUUAAUUAAGUACUAGUGUUUUACUCUUACUUAGAUCAACCACGCUUGGUCCAGAAUUAAUUUUUGGCCAUAUAUGCUUUAGUAAAUUACAAUUACACUGUCACCUGUACAAUGAUUUAUACAAAAAAAAAAGGUUAAAAAUGUUAAA